AUGACAGGAUUUGUACGAAUAAAAGCAGAAAUGCCGGAUAAGGAAGGCUUAUCGUCAAAUCCUUGGGAUUUGUAUUAUCAAAAUUUCGUUGUUGCCUAUGGCGCUGGGCGUUUCUCUUCUCAUGGACAUGCUUCCCGGGCUAAUUAA